GAGGAGCAAACGAGGCUGCAGCUCCUCAUGUGUUCAGCAGCUUCCUCCUCCUCCUCCUCACCGCACGGUCGCCAGAGGCGUUUCCACGGCAACACAGACAGUAUUCAUCAGCGGCAUGCCGGAGCUAGUGCGUGCGUGCGUGUGUGUGUACGUGCAUGUGUGUGUGUGCGUGUGUGCAGACAUUAAACCCUAACUGGAGGUUUGAGGAUAACUUCACUUUGAUAUUUUACCCAGAAUGCAUCAGUGUGGCGUGGUGCUAUUAACCCCGUCCUGUCUGUGUUUCACAAUGACGAGGUGAUCUGUAACAAGAAUUAAUUGAAUUAAUUGAUUAAUUGAUUAAUCGAUUAAUCGUGGCAGCAGAUACAGAGGAGGGAAAAACACAGUGAUUGGGCGAUCGAGGCUCGUACACACUGAGAGAGAGAGAGAGGUGGGGGUGACAGAGCUGAAUCCUGCCUAGCAACACACACACACACACACACACACACACACACACACACACACACACACACACACACACAUCUUUUUCCUUCAUGUAUGCUGCAGCUGAUCAGGAUUCAAUCAAUACGACUAUUGAUCAUGUUGUUGUAUUCAAGGUAAUUCUGAGUGUGAACAUUUAAUCUAAAUAUGUUCAAUAUCUCAGCAGCGUCCACACACACACAAACACACACACACAAAACAUGUUGUCACUCAGUUCUGAGUGAAAUAUAACAGAGCCGUGAUUCUUGGUUCUGAAACAAACAGCUGCAUCAGUCUGCAGGUAGAACCAGCUGAUCAAUCAGAAACGCUGCCUGAGUCAUGACAGCAGAGACGAUUAUAAAACUUCUUGUAUAAGAAGGUGGUUCCGUCUGCGUCUCACAUCUGGACCAGGUGUCCACGUGUCCACGUGUCAGUGACAACUAGUCAGCAAAGUGACGACGCUGCAGCUGUUGUUGGUUCCAAUGAAAUGUAUAAAGACGACUGAAGGACACGUGCAGAGUAACAGUCAUUGAUCAUAUAUAUUGAUCACAUAUAUUGAUCAUAUAUAUUCUCUUGUCUUCAUCACAAACACUUCUCAGGAUCUGAGUUCAUGUUUUAAAGGAAACACCAGCUGAUGUUUUCUUAUCACGCUCUCUGAUAAGAGCUGCAGUAUUGAUCUCUGAUAUCGAUAUCAGAGCUGCAGUAUUGAUCUCUGAUAGGAGCGACAGAUGUUACAAAAUAGAGAUUAUAAGAAAAAUAAGAAAUAAUAAUGAGACACGUGUAACGACAGUGAACGUUCAUGUAAUUGAUUCUGAUUCUGUCAUUACGUCUGAUCAGAAACUGAAUUCAGCUCAGGAUCAAAUUGAGCUGCAGAUCAAUAAGAACUCAUGAUAUCAUUUGAUUAUUGAUCUGCACUAAAGACGCUUCAGCCAGAGCUGCAGCUGGAGGAGGAGGAGGAGGAGGAGAACAACAAGUGGCAUCAUCAGUCUUAGAGGAGGGGAGAGGGUGACGUCACUUACUCCAGGUGGCAUGGGGGGGGCAAAUUCCUCAGCUUGCGUGGAGUAAAUCAUGUAGGGAAAAAAACAGCCUCCUCCUCCCCCACCCUCCCGCUCCUCCCCCCACCCUCCUCCUCUCUGCAGCAGCUCUGGAGCUCCGGCAGGAGGAACAAUAAGCUGAAGGAGUCACUGCAGUGAGGAGGCGGCAGGAGGAGACGGGCAGAGGGAACAUGUCCUCCCCGCAGCUCUCCUCGUCCCGCAGACAGUCAUGUUACCUGUGCGACCUGCCCCGCAUGCCCUGGGCCAUGAUCUGGGACUUUACCGAGCCGGUCUGCCGGGGCUGCGUCAACUACGAGGGCGCGGACCGGAUCGAGUUCGUCAUCGAGACCGCCCGGCACCUGAAGCGGGCUCACGGCUUCCAGGAGGGCCGAGCUCCGGCCGGCGGACAGCCUCCUCCUUCGCAGCAGCAGCCGGCCGUGGUGAAGAGCCAGGCGGGUUUACUGAGCGGGAAGGAGCCGGUGGGGCCGCUCAACCAGCAGGCGGACGGACCCGGGAAGUCUCAGCCCGGGAUGGACCGGUACUCGCUCGGCGCUGAUAGCCGGGUUCGGUUCGACUACGGCGGGCACAGCGGCGGCAGAUUGCCCAACGGACUCGGAGGACCCAACGGGUUCAAACAGGAUGACGGCCCGCCCGAGCUGAACCGACAGAGCCCGAACUCGAGGAGCCGGAGUCACGGGGGACUGGUGUCGGCCCCGGGACAGAUGAACGUCCCGCCGAACCUGCUGCCUCAGACCCUGCUGAACGGACCGAGCACGCACGGCAUGGCGGGCCGAGCCGGGCCGCAGAGCACCAUGGCCGGUGUGUCUCUGUCUGAGCCCGGCGGGAAGCGGCCCGCCUCGGUGUCCAGCACCGACCAGGAGCGGGAGCUGAAGGAGAAGCAGCGGAACGUGGAGGCUCUGUCCGAGCUGAGCGAGAGCCUCCGGAACCGGCAGGAGGAGUGGGCCAACAAGCCGAAGACGGUGCGGGACACGCUGGUGUCGCUGUCCGGCUGCACCCCCUUCGACGUCCGCUUCAAGAAGGACCACGGGCUGGUGGGCCGGGUGUUCGCCUUCGACGCCGUGUCCAAACCCGGCCUGGAGAACGAGCUGAAGAUCUUCAUCGAGUACCCGAGCGGCUCCGGGAACGUGUUCUCCAGCGCCUCGGGGGUGGCCAAGCAGAUGUACCAGGACUGUAUGAAGGACUUCGGCCGCGGGCUGUCGUCCGGGUUCAAGUACCUGGAGUACGAGAAGAAGCACGGCUCCGGGGACUGGCGGCUGCUGGGGGACCUGCUGCCGGAGUCCCUGCGCUUCUUUAAGGAGGCUGUGGGCGGAGACAUGCUGCCGCAGCCGCACAUCGACGGCAGCUACCCGCUGCUGCCCACAUCCCUGGUGCUCCCCGGCCGGGCUCUGGCCUCAGGCAGCGGGGGCGGCAGCUCCAGGACCGGGCUGAGGAAGAGGAAAGCCUCCCCGGAGCCGGACUGUGCGGAGGAGCAGCAGAGGCAGCAGUGGAUCAACAGUCAGACUGAAGCGCUCAAACUCUCCAUGGCUGCCGGCUCUUUCUCCGGACCUCCGCCGCAGCUCGGCUCCGGUCACCCCGGCCUCUCCUCCGGCCGCGCCACCCCCCCGGAGCCCGCCGCUCCCCCGCAGAACGGACAGUCCCCCAUGGCCGCGCUCAUGUCGGUCGCUGACACGCUCGGGAACGCGCACUCUCCCAACAAGGACCGGGACUCGGUUCACUCCACCACCUCCUCCUCCAGACACAACAGCAGCAGCCCGCUGUCCCCCGCCUCCGUGUCCGGGCAGAGGCGCCUCUCCUCCCGCAACGGAGACCUCGGACUGUCCGCCGCGUCACAGUCCUCAGGUGGCAUGGACCAGGUGCACGCGCAGAACGUGCCCGACUCCCCCAUGGCGAACAGCGGGCCUCUCUGCUGCACCAUCUGCCACGAGCGGCUGGAGGACACGCACUUCGUCCAGUGUCCGUCCGUCCCGAGCCACAAGUUCUGCUUCCCCUGCUCCAGAGAGAGCAUCAAGGCCCAGGGAGCCUCCGGGGAGGUGUACUGCCCCUCCGGGGACAAGUGCCCCCUGGUGGGCUCCAACGUGCCCUGGGCCUUCAUGCAGGGGGAGAUAGCCACCAUCCUGGCCGGAGACGUGAAGGUAAAGAAGGAGAGAGACCCCUGAGGAGGAGGAAGAGGAGGAAGACUCUUCUUCUACUGCAAAAAACUCAUAAAUGUGAAACAGUCAGUUUGCUGCUCAGCCUCAGAUCCUCUCUGUCUGUGGAGCCGACAGAGAUCAGACAGGUGAAACUUCAAGGUUCAGUUCAAACAGAGAUGUGGACAGGUGUAUCGUCAGCGUACAGAGAUAGUUAACGAGUUAACGUCACGGCUCCACUGACCAAGUCUUUGAGGCUGAGCAGCAUCGGUACGACUCCUCACAGGACCCGGGAAGUCCCAACGGACGCCUCCGUCCCAGUGGACACCUACCGACGCCUCCGACCUGUGCAGAGUCGUACCGACGCAUCUGACUGAAACAUAUAAAUAUUCUACAUGUCGUCUAACGGAAUGGAGUGUUUGUGUUGUCGUGGAGACAGGUGGAGGUGUGAUGUUGUUCACAGGUGAGACUCUCACACUAGAAAAUCAUGUGUCUGUAAAAACUAACAGUUUUUAUUUUUUAUACAACUUUCAGCUAUUUAUUUGAUUUUUUUACAACCUUUUUAUUUUCUUAUUUUUUAAAGUAUGUAACUGUUUUUUGUGGAAUUUUUAAUUUGAAAGUUUUGGGGUUUUUUUAGAUUUUCUUACUGCAAUAAAUCUCUCUAGGUUUUCCUUUUUUACAUUCAAGAUUUCAGUGGAUUCGAACACGUCGGCCUAUUUCUGUUUUUAUUUUUGGAUAUUUUCUGUUUCCAUGGUGAUGGACAAACAUGAUAAACUGAUGGAACACAUUUGAUCUUGUAACGUGCCUUGGAGCUGAGUCAGUUGUAAUAAAAUCCAUUGUUAUGAAC